AUGGCCUUUCAGGUGCCAACACAAGUUUCCCAACGCAGGACUUCCUACUCUACUCCUCGACCACCAACCCUCGAUAUCCCCCCUUCUCUCCAGGAGCAACGCAACGACGACACCGCACAAUGGGUCCUAUUCUCCCCGACCGCUCGUACACACACGACCUCAACCGAUCGCACUCAGACUGCAGGUGCCACUCGCUUGAGUGACUUUGGUUCCUUUGCUGCAACACCGUCUGCAAACGGUGUCGAUGGUGAGGAUACCAAUACCCUCGAUGACCAACUGGACGAAGACGGGACUGAGCUGGAUAGCCUGGAUGAUGGACUGCACGCUUUUCGAGCUCCCUCUCUGGGCCCAACGUCCUUCACACGGGUGGACCAGGGUCCACCUGCUAUGCUGCCAGCUCAUGAUGGACUAGGAAGUUUCCAGGCCUCUAGUCAGGCAGUCCAAAAUCAGCUGUGGCAGCAUGAGCAAUACAACCCACAACGCCUGUCAUAUGCCCAUCUACAGCAUCGCCGCUACUCGAGCGUGCAACGGCACAUGGAUACUGUGGAAGAAAGCGAGGCAAAUGUUGAACGGGAACGAUGGCGGCGAAUCGAGGAGUGGCGGAUGGACCAGAGCAGGGCUUUGUUCCAGGAAAUCGAAAGGGAAACCCGUCAGCGACGGACCAGUCGUAGCAGCCGUCUGAGCGUUGAUCGCUCCGUGGGUCAUACCACACAGCAAAGUGUUUUAGAAGCACCUCCAGGAGAGGUAUCUCUGCCGGAUGCCAUAUCGGAGGACGAAGAAUCUUUCUGGCGUCGCAUCACGCGCAAGGUGAUCCGUGACCUUAUUGGCAUUGAUGACGCCUUGCUAUCUGUGAUUUUUGGGGAGUCGUUGCCGCUGGACGUGCAAACUCCCGACCAGGAAGAAUCCUUGGACAUGGAAACGGUACUGGCCCGUGAACCGGAGCCAGAGUGCAACGAUACGCCGCCGUGGCAGAUCAAAGUCCUUCAGCAUAUCGCUCAUGAGUUAGGUGUCCUUGUUCAUCAACUCUGCGAACACCCGGGGGCAUUUACGACUUAUUAUCAAAUGACCAAAGAUAUAUCGGCGGAAUAUGCUGGCAUGUCCCUCAACCGUCUGGCGGAAAGCAGCACUUCACAAAGACCUGCUGAGUCUAUCGCACCGACUGCUGUUGAUACCGCUGCUGAGUCCAUGCCUUCCCCACAUUUCAUACCCACUCUCCAUGACUCCUCCAACCGUGAGCACGAAGCCCAAUGGGGCAUUGAAGAUGACGACCCAACGGGAUCUGAUCCUAUUCCCGAAUCAACCAAACUUCACCAAGAAUCGGAAUACUGGGAGCGCGGACUUGACGUUAUGAUGGUUUUCCGUUAUCUCCGCAACCGCUUCAGCCGUCGUGGAUACAUGCACAAUGACGCGCACAUCAACACACCCACCCCGCCUCGCCGAACACAAGAUGCAUCGCGUCGCGCUGCCAUUAUCCGGCAACACCAUCCACUUGUGGCUCGUGCUCAUACCAGAUCUCAAACGCAAACACGUCGCCAGUCGCAAUAUUCUGGUGUUUCAAAUCCUGUGGGCGUCUCUUCGCCGCUCCUCCGACCUCAUCUCCGCCGACCCAGCUCAAGCUGCGCCAGUCAAAGCGCCAAGCUUUCGGCUAUAUCCAGUCGCAGGACCAUGACAGGAUCCAGUCGGAACUACUGGGAUAUUGGUGGUAGCGAAAGCAAUAGCGCUAUUGGUGUUGGGGCUGGGCUCGGCACAUGGGGCGAAGUUUGA